GGCCGAAUGUGGGCUUGGACGUUGAAGACCUCUGCUGCUUUUAUAUGUCGUUUAGCCCGAGCUUCUGCGAUUGUUCAAGUUUGCUGAAAAUAAGAUACCAUGACAACAAAGCACAAUUCAAAUCGGAUAGCUCAAGCUGUCCAGGAAACAACGCCUCACAAACAAAUGGGGUUUUCGCCGUUGCGUGGUCAUCCUCGCAUCAACACACAGGACGCGCGUUUAAUGCUUGACUUCCUCGAGGGUGAAUUCUGCUCGCAAGAUGCCGAGGGUCUCAGCCCUUACCUCUGGGUCAUGUCAAUGCAGUCUCCCGCCAACGUCUCGCCCCUGCAUCGCCAAAGAGUCAAGCAACGAGAAGUCGUUGUGACGGAAGACCCGAAACUACACUUGGUCUGGUUUCACAACCGAAUCUUUAUCAAGCCCCUGCCAGAGUAUCUCUGUGAUCUAGACUUUCUCAACAAUCUUCCUCCAACUGAAACCAAGGAUCAGCAGCAGCGACAGGAGAGGAUCCGUAAAGCCGCAAAGGGAUACCUACGGACGUGGGUUUUCCUCGUCAGACACAAGUCCGAUUUUCGAAUCGCACAAGAGCCACCGCUCCAGCUGUUGCCUCCCGACAUGACAUGGGAAAAGUUCUGCCACUUUGCCGCCUCGCUGCAUGAAAUCCACAACCACGAUGUAUCUGAGCGAUAUCAUUAUGGAGAGAUCCGGCUGAGCCGUUUGAACUUCUACUGCAAAAUAUUCCUCCGCAAGCGGUUUUACCAAAGGAUGUAUCCUCAGUACGGCGAUUAUUUCGGGCGCUUCUUCCCGCCCCUAUUAUUCAUCCUCGGCACCCUUUCGGUCUUUCUCAGUGCCUUGCAAGUAGUAAUGGCUGUUAAGCAAGUCAGCCAGUUUCAUUGGCGAAUAAUUUGGGUGAUCGCAAGAUGGUCGGGACUAGCCUGCGCAAUUGUCCCAACAAUCAUCAUUCUAGCCUUGCUGGGCACCUUUUGGGUCAAGUUUACCCUUGAGUGGAAGCGCGCUUUAGGAGACAGAUGGCAAACAAGGCGAAAUCGAGAAUCUCGGCGGUUUACCAGCCCAUGA